CCAACUAAAACCAACAAAUCGAUCAAAACCCAAAAAUCUUGAACAAGAAGAAUAACAAGACAAAGCAAUCACAAAACCAAAGCCAUGGUUGCAGCAGCAGUAACUCCAUCUUCAUCCCAACUCUUAUGUUCAAGCUCCCGCUCCAUUUCUCAGCUCUCUCCUCUGCAACAAUGCGUCUUCGGCUCCAAAGCAAGCACUGCCACAACCCCAAACAGCAGCAAGAGAAAUAGGGGUGUGGGCAGCGUUGGAGUUAAAUGCAUGGCGGUGGCAGCUGAAACAGAGCCGAAGAAGAAAACUGCGUACCAGAUUACAACCCUGACGAGCUGGUUGCUGGAGCAAGAACAGAAGGGUACCAUUGAUGCAGAGCUGACCAUUGUGCUUUCGAGCAUUUCGUUGGCGUGUAAGCAGAUUGCUUCGUUGGUACAGAGAGCUAGCAUUUCUAACUUGACUGGUGUUCAGGGUGCUGUCAACAUUCAAGGAGAGGACCAGAAGAAACUCGAUGUCGUCUCCAAUGAGGUUUUCUCCAACUGCUUGAGAUCGAGUGGACGAACAGGGAUCAUAGCCUCUGAGGAAGAGGAUGUGCCGGUGGCUGUGGAAGAGAGCUAUUCUGGAAACUACAUUGUGGUGUUUGAUCCUCUUGAUGGAUCAUCCAACAUUGAUGCUGCAGUUUCGACUGGUUCAAUCUUCGGAAUAUACAGCCCAAAUGACGAAUGCCUAGCUGACAUUGAUGAUGAAAAUCUUGACAGUGCUGCACAGAAAUGUAUAGUGAGUGUGUGUCAGCCAGGAAGCAACCUACUCGCUGCUGGCUACUGUAUGUACUCAAGCUCUGUGAUAUUUGUGCUUACAGUUGGGAAAGGUGUAUAUGCAUUUAGCUUGGACCCCAUGUAUGGUGAAUUCGUUUUGACCCAAGAAAAAGUUCAGAUACCAAAAGCAGGAAAGAUCUACUCGUUCAAUGAGGGAAACUAUCAGCUGUGGGAUGACAAGUUGAAGAAGUACAUUGAUGACCUUAAGGACCCAGGUCCGAGUGGCAAGCCCUAUUCUGCAAGGUACAUUGGUAGUUUGGUUGGGGACUUUCAUAGAACGCUUCUCUACGGAGGUAUUUAUGGGUAUCCAAGAGACCGGAAGAGCAAGAAUGGAAAGCUGAGGCUACUGUAUGAGUGUGCACCGAUGAGUUUCAUAGUGGAACAAGCUGGGGGGAAAGGAUCUGAUGGCCAUUCCAGAGUACUAGACAUUCAGCCAACUGAGAUUCAUCAGCGCGUUCCCCUUUACAUUGGAAGCGUAGAUGAGGUGGAGAAGUUGGAGAAGUAUUUAGCUUGAUCAGUAUAUGACAGCAAAACAGAUGAAUUUUGUUUAUGAAGAUAAUGUUGUGUGGGAAUUUUCCUCAAGAAAAAGAACACUCAAUUAAAGAUGUGUACUUAUGUUCCA